UCCAUAGCUACUUCGUGCCUCCGGAGUCCUGAACUCGUCUCAACUGCGCGCCUUCUUACCAAAAUCACUCCUAUUUCCAAUUCCAUAUUAGCCUCUCACUCUCUCUCUCUCUCUCACUGAAAACCCCCAAUCAAAACCCUAACCCUAAUUCUGCUCGGCUCUCUGCAACUGCAACAUCCACUUUGGUUUUCUGCUCAAUUCUCCAUCGUGGUGAAAGAUUGGCUUCAUGAAAUGGAUUUGUCAGAUGCAGUAAUAGUCAAUUCUAGCAGAUUGAAAUCUGUUGUAUGGAAUGACUUUGAUAGGGUUAAAAAGGGUGACACCUGUGUGGCCGUUUGUAGGCAUUGUAAGAAGAGACUUAGUGGAUCAAGUACUAGUGGAACAUCACAUUUGCGGAAUCAUUUGAUUAGGUGUCAGAGAAGAUCUAACCAUGGCAUAGCUCAAUAUAUUACAGUGAGGGAAAAGAAAAAGGAAGGAGUCCUUGCUCAUGCAAAUUUCAAUAUGGAUCAAGAGCAGAGAAAGGAUGAAAUGCUUAACCUUGUGAAUGUUAAAUUUGAGCAAGAUCCGAUGAAAGAUGAGACUGUUAACACUGGCAACAAUAACUUCGAUCAAAGACGAAGUCGACGUGAUCUUGCUCGCAUGAUCAUUUUACAUGGCUAUCCAUUGGCCAUGGCAGAGCAUUUCUGGUUUAGAGUAUUUGUUAAAAAUUUGCAGCCACUUUUUGAGUUUGUUACGUUGGACAUAGUUGAGGCUGAUUGCAGGGAUAUCUAUGUGGAAGAGAGGCAAAAGGUGAGUGAAGUGUUGGAUAAACUGCCUGGUAAAAUCAGCCUCAGUGCUGACUUGUGGGCUACUUAUGCAAAUGCUGAGUGCUUGUGUUUGACGGCACACUACAUUGAUGAAUCUUGGCAGUUAAAGAAGAAGAUUCUAAAUUUUGUUAUGGUUGAUCAUUCCCAUACAGAAGACAUGCUUUCAGAGGUUAUCAUGUCAUGUCUAAUGGAUUGGGAUAUUGACCGUAAGUUAUUCUCCAUGACUUUUGAUAGUUCUUCUACCAAUGACAACAUCGUCUUUAGAAUCAGAGAUCGGCUGUCCCAGAAUAGGUUUCUUUAUUGCAAUGGUCAAUUUUUUGAUGUACGCUGUGCAGCAAAUGUUAUUAAUUUGAUGGUUCAAGAUGCCUUGGAAGCACUAUGUGAGGUAACCCAUAAAAUUCGGGAAAGCAUACAAUUCUUUAAAAGUGCAGAAGCAAUGCAAGCAAAGUUUAAUGAGGUGGCUCAAGAAGUUGGAGUUCAGAGUAAAAGGCCCUUAUGUUUAGAUAAUUCAUCACAAUGGAACUCGACAUAUGUUAUGCUUGAAGUAGCCUUGGAGUACAGGGAGGCUUUUUCUCUUUUGCAAGAAAAUGACACUGUCUAUACAAUGUGUCCAUCUGAUAUAGAGUGGGAGAGAGUUACUUUAGUUACCAGUUACUUGAAGCUCUUUGUUGAGGUUGCUAAUGAGUUUACAAGGUCUAAGUCUUCAACUGCAAAUAUAUAUUUUCCCGAGCUCUGUAAUAUUCACUCGCAGUUGAUUGAAUGGUGUAAGAAUUCAGAUGCUUGUAUUAGUUCUUUGGCAUCAAAGAUGAGAAGCAAGUUUGAAGAAUAUUGGGACAGAUGCGGCUCAGGUUUAGCAGUUGCAGCCAUGUUAGAUCCUCGAUACAAGAAGAAAUUGGUUGAGUAUUACUAUCCACUAAUCUAUGGUAGUAGUGCUUCAGAACGUAUUGAUGAUGUCUUUCACUGUGUCAAGGAACUUUAUAAUGAACAUUCUAUCUGCUCACCGUUAGCUUCUAUUGAUCAAGGUCUAGCCUGGCAAGUGGGUGGUGGUGCCCGUUGCUCAGCUGCUUCUAGGGAUAGGCUGAUGGGGUUUGACAAAUUCCUUCACGACACUUCUCAGAGUGAAGGCACAAAGUCGGAUCUGGACAAGUAUCUAGAGGAGCCCCUCUUUCCUCGUAGUCCUGAUUUUAACUUAUUAAAUUGGUGGAAAGUACAUACUCCUAGGUAUCCUAUCCUAUCUAUGAUGGCACGCAAUGUGUUAGCAACUCCCAUGUCGAAACUUGCUUCAGAGUUUGCAUUCAGCACUGAAAGAAGAAUGCUUGAUCGUGAUUGGAGUUCACUAAGUCCAGAAACAGUCCAAGCUUUGAUGUGUUCUCAAGAUUGGAUACGCAGUCAAAUAGAAAGUUAAGUCUUUUUCCCGAUUUAAAUGUCACUAUUCUGGGUAAACUCUACUGUCACUGAGCUUUCUUUUCUUGUGUAUUACAAUAGAUCAUCUACGGCAGUGUCAAAGUUUCCCCUGUCUGCAUAUCUGAUGCAUGGUAAUGAGUUAAUUUUUAUGGUUGUCUAGUCUAGUUUAAAUCAUCACCUACAGUAUUAUUCUCUCCAUUAUUCAAAUUCAUUUGAUCGUCCUCUUAAAUGUUUUUUUUUUAAAAUUAAAAAAAGUAACUUAAAAAUUAAUCUGUUGCCUUUCCAAUUUUUUCUUGCUUCAUCUGAUAAGCCAAAUCUUCCAACCCCAGUCCUCCAUUGAAGAUGGGUGUUGACUCGUAUGGGAAGGUAAAGCCUGAAAGGUUCAGAUUUGAUUUGAGAUAGUUAAUGGGGUGGCCAUCUGGUGGUGGUGGUGCAGCAAAUCUUAUUUCUUUUUCACCCUAUGAGUUAGAUAUGACAAAUUUGUAGUAGUCCUCUAGUGGGCCUCCUCUCUCUCCCUCAUCAUGCAAACUUUUUAGAUGUCCAUCAUGCGUAUCAGUCGUAGCAAUCAAUCACCUCUCUCUUUAGGGCGUUGAAUUCUUGAUCAAGAUAUCUAGUCUACUAGUACUAGAGUAAUGAUAGGUUUUGUUACCAUAUUUGUUCACAAUUUGUUAGAACGAUAAAUAUUAUCAUUGUAAUAUCACUUUUACGAAAAAAAAAAAAUAUUGGGUGAGAUGG